AGAUGUGGUCACGCACGCGGCUCUUCUUCCUGGCAUCGAUGCUCGCGUUUCUGAUCGGCGUCCACAUUACCAGGUCGCAGCGUCCGCGACUCGGCGGCGCCGUGAACGUCUUCAGCCGUUACGGUUACCUGAGCAUCAGUAUGCGAGUAGUGCCGCGUAACGAUACAGAGACCUGGAUAUUCCGUGAACCCACCCUUGACGUCUUUAAGAAUUCCACGCCAUUGCCGCCCAAGCAGCGCCAAGCAGGCAAAAGCACUACUGUCUUCGACGGCGACUUCCAUAUGGAAUUUUGCGACAAUAUCAGACAGCUUCUGCAAGCCUAUUUCCGCGACUUCACUUUCGAGAAGCUCGAGAGGCCGUGGCGUGCCUUCACUGGCAGUUGGUCGAAGACAGCGAUAGCCAGGCACCUCGGCAUAAACUCGUCCUUCAUCACGGGCGACCACUGUUACGUCCUCGUACGUGUCGCUAGAUUCCGUGAUAAUCAACGACUCGCCGGCACCGCUGAGACUCUCGUGCUCGAUGAUUCCGUGUUGGAGCAAACCGAGAACGUCACGGUCGGCGAUACCGCGAGUGUUGUGCGAUUCAUCAGGAACUUCGGUUCACACUACAUCGCUUCCUAUAUUACGGGAAAUUCGCUUUAUCAAGUAUUCGUAUACACUCCUCAGGUAUAUUCGCGAAUAAAGGAACGGCUGAAGACACGGGGAGUCGCGGAGCUGUCGUCUCUCGAACUGAGCAAUUACUUUUCACCGUGGUACGCGGAGCAUAUGGGUUCCAUACAAUCGGCAAGUGGCAAUCGUAGCGUGGAGGCGUGGGCCGUGCAACGUCUUCGGGUACAAUAUUAUAUCUUCACUUACGCCAGUUUACUAAAGUUGCACGGCGACACGGCGUUGCUUAAGCAACUAGAUAGCCUGUUGGGCGACGAAGCGUUACUGCAAUUACAAUUGCGGACAUUGGCGUCCGCUUUUAAGGAUUCAAAAAGACGUCAGUGGUUUCUGGAGGUGAUCGACAACUAUUUCAAGCUCUGGGAGGUGAAUAUGUGAUGGCGUAACGCGAUUGUAGACGGACUAAAAGCAUUUAAGAUAUCGCU